GACUCGCAGUUUGAUUUGCUUUUUGCUGUUUGUCUUACUCCUAUGUAGUUUUCUUAUGUUCAUAAAUCAGAUCAUAAUAUUGCUUGUUUAUACAGAUUUAUUGAUGUUGCAAAUGAUUAUGAUUUUAUUUUAAAUGCAUGUGAAGGAUAUAUAUCUUGCUGAAGUUGUAUAAACAUUGUCACUUUUGUUUAAUUUACAAAAUGAAUUUAUGUGCCACAUUUUUUAUACUGGUUAAUUUGUGUGCAUUCAUUCAAACCAAAUCAGUUUGUUGCAAAGAUAAACACAUCUGUCUAACAUCAUUUAUGAAUACAGAUGAAACAGAAGACCAGAUAUGCAGGGGAAUUAAUGAAUACAUAAAGUGCAUCGUUAACCUGGAAAAUGAAGAUGUGGAAGAAAUACAAAAGUUAAUUAAUGAGAUUUCCAGUAAAUUCUCAUUUCACAAUAAAAACUGUGACAUCGAUGAAGAACUGCGGAUAAUGUUGGGAAUAGAUUCUCGUUAUGUGUAUACAAAUUUGACUAAUCAAAUCACUAAAGAGUUUGAGGAAAGAGAGGACAAAUGCUUGAAUACUUAUCUGGACAGACUUCAGUUAUAUCUUUACACUCCUGAAUUUAUCUGCCAGGAGCUAGCUUCCUAUUUCAAAUGUAACCAAGAUAGUUUUAACACGACAUUAGAAGAACUAGACGAGACAAUGAAUGUAUUUAAAGAUGAACUAGCUAGAUUUGACCUAAACUGUGACUUUAACAAAGACACUUUAACUAUAGCCUGUGAAAAGAUGGUUGGCAGAUGCCUCGCGAUGUAUUUUGAGAAUGUAUUACAGCAUAAAAACGAUGCUGCCCCUACUUGGACAUGUAGCUAUACUCAAGCGUUCAACACCUGCAUCGCAAAGUCAACCUGUUGUUCAGAUACAGUGACAGAAAUGAUACUUCAAGUUGAAGACAUCGAGUUUAAACGGACAGGAUAUAGCUGUGAAUCAUCAAGAAUUACAAUGAAGACGAAAAAAAGGAAAAUCAUUAGGAGUCUGGCGGAAAUUAUUGCUGGUUCGUAUCAAGUUGCACUCUCUGAAACGGUUAGUUUCUUGCUUCAAAAUUAAUACUGAGAGAAGCUGGUUAGCACAUGAUAUAAUGUUCAAGCUAACAAAAUAAGUGUACUGUAUACAUACCUAAAUUACAGCAACAAUAAUAAAAAU